UGGCCGCGGGGCGCCGCGGGGAGGCGCGGAGCGGAGCCGGGCUGGGGCGCCCGCGUAGGCCGGCCCUGCCCUGCCCUGCCCGGCACGGCUCGGCCCCGGCGCGGCGCGGAGGCGGAAGCCGAGCCCAUGAGUUGGGUGCGCCGCCUGCCUGCGCGCUCGGCGGCGGCUGGCGGCAGCCCCGCGCUGCGGCGAGGUGACCGCGGCGGCGGCGCCGGGAAAAGUUUUGCGUGCGGGCGGCGGCCCGGGCUGGGAUGCGGGUCCCGGGGCUCGGCUCCCCGCCGCUUCCCGGGCCGGGGCUGGUGCAGGCGCCCCCUGGGAGAGCGGCGAGCGGGCACUGAGCCCCCUCCCUCCUCCCCUCCGUCCCUCCCUCUCCCUGCCUUCCCCUCCCGUCCCUCCCUCUCCCCGGUGCGCGGCCAUUGCAGUGACCCCGGCCGGCCGAGGAUGAUCACGAACACGCGGGGCUUCCUCUGGUCGGACCUGGAGACGCGGGCGCUGCUGGAGAUCUGGGGCGAGGCGGACGUGCAGUCGGCGCUGGACGGCAACUUUCGGAACAGCCAUGUGUACCGGGACGUGGCGUGCCGCCUGGCCGAGCUGGGCUUCGAGCGCACCCCGGAGCAGUGCCGCAUCCGCAUCAAGGGCCUCAAGCGGCAGUACUACCAGGCCCGGGACGGGCUGAAGAAGAACGGGCACGCCCGCAAGAUCUGCAAGUACUACGACGAGAUGGACCGCAUCCUCAGCUGCAGGGGGGGCCCCGACGGAGCCCCCGAGCCCCCCGCCGCCCCGCUGCCCGACGGCCCCCAGCCCGUGGGUCCCCACGGCGGGCCGCCCACGCCGGGCACGCCGCACAACAGCCGCGAGGUCGACACGGAGCUGGACGAGGACGCCGAGCUGGAGUCCCCCCGCGACAACUUCACCGAGGACUCGGGGGAGUGCUCCUCGUACGCCGACCACCCCAUCAAGGUGGAGUGUCCCCCCUUCGCCAUCCCGGUGCCGCCGGGCGACGGCUUUAAAGAAAUAAGUGCUCCUACUGUUACUCCACCUCUCAAUCAGCCCAAAAGAUCAAAAAAACGCCACGCAAAUUUAACAUUGGAUAAAAUGAUGGAAAAAUUCCUGCAACAGAGCGUGGAUACAGAAGAGAAAUUUUACAGAUACGAAGAGCAGAGGCUCAAAAUUGAGGACAAGCGUCGUGAAGCUGAGCAUGCUCGAGAGCUCCAGAUGUUACAGAUGUUGGGACAGAUGUUGGCAGGAAUUUCUUCUACGGUAUCACAAAGGUCACAAUCUAUACCAGCGAGUCCACCUCAGAGGGCAAACCAUCGCUCAUAUGGGGAUAACUUUAAUUAUAAUGCUGUGACAGCAGCACUUUCUCCACCGAUAGUUAUAGAGAGAACUUUUUCACUGCACCGAACACACACUCUGAAGGAUAUGGAGAAUAUUUUUCAGCUGGUGCGCAACGUUAUCCCUCCUCUAACAGGGAAAAGGCAUAAAGGUCAAGAUGGACGUAUAGGCAUUGUUGGAGGAUGUCAAGAAUACACGGGAGCACCAUAUUUUGCUGCAAUUACAGCUCUCAAAGCGGGUGCAGAUUUAUCCCAUGUGUUUUGUACCAAAGAUGCGGCAACAGUAAUCAAAUCAUAUAGUCCAGAGCUGAUUGUUCAUCCAGUCCUUGAUAGUCCGAAUGCUGUCUAUGAGGUGGAGAAGUGGUUACCACGACUGCACUCAGUUGUCAUAGGACCUGGCUUAGGUAGAGAUGAAGUUCUACUUGAGAACGCAAAGGGUAUUAUAGAAAAAUCGAAACUCAAAGGAAUUCCUAUCAUUAUUGAUGCUGAUGGACUGUGGCUUAUUUCCCAGCAGCCUUCUAUUAUUCAAGGCUACCAGCGAGCUAUUCUUACUCCAAACUAUAUGGAGUUUAGUAGACUAUAUGAAGCUAUGCUUAGAGACCCCGUAGACAGUAGUGAUCAUCAUGGAUGUGUAUUAAGACUCAGCCAAGCCAUGGGGAAUUUGACAGUUGUUCAAAAGGGAGAACGAGAUCUUAUUUCAGACGGAGAUAAAGUACUGGUAUGCAGCCAUGAAGGAAGCAGCCGGAGGUGUGGAGGACAGGGAGACCUCCUUUCCGGUUCUCUGGGAGUCUUAGCGCACUGGGCAUUUAUGGCUGGAGCUGAAAAAACAAAUGGUCAAAAUCCCUUCCUGGUGGCCGCGUUUGGAGCUUGCUCUCUUACGAGGCAGUGUAACAACCAAGCCUUUCAAAAAUUCGGACGUUCAAUGACUGCCUCUGACAUGGUUUCAGAAGUUGGAACAGCUUUUAACAAACUCUUUGAAACCUGAAGCCAAAGCAGCGCAGAAGAAGAGGAAGAACAAUGACUGCAAGAGUAAUUGCAUUUACAGUAGAAUUUAAAUAAGUAAUGCACCCUUUCAAGUGCUGUAGCAGCAUUGGUAUGCUAGGUAGAUUUUUUUUUUUUAUUUUUAAGAAUAGAAAAAUAUGAUUAAUGUAGAUAUUUUCUAAGAGUUUGGAAUACGAAAAUGUUUUGGCUGAAAUAAGCUGUAGUUGCAGAUCUGUUAUAAUAUAAUAAAACUAAACUGAAAGUAUUCCUCUGUUCUUUUUGAUAGUUAUUGAGCAAUAACUAAAGUUUGAACAGCAAAAAAUAAAAUAAAAUGCACUUGAUACUUAGAUAAGAAUAAAAUUCUUCCACCAGCUCAACUGAAUUUCUUGGAUUGCACCAAGGUUGUCAUGAUUUCAUGCUUAGGCCGUCUGUCUGGAAUUGACUGUUGCACUUCAUUUUUUGCCAUGCUAGUAUAUUUACUUUAAGAAGCAAAAUUAAGCCUCGUUGGAAAGGGAAUGCAUGAGAGUACUUUAGAUUUUGAAUGUAACUAGUUGCCUUUUUCCAUUCCCAGUCCCAGAGGCAGCAUUCCUCUCAACAGCACACCCCUUCCCGCCGUGUCUUGGGUUUUGGGAGAAGAUUCCCCCAUCACAGAAUAAGGACGUACUGUGGGUGUAUUAACAGUAAUUAUGCUUACCUGAAGAAGAACUAUGUUGAAUUUCUUUAGCUAGUCUCAGCUCACCUAGAACUCAGCGUGAUGAACUUUGUGAAAUUAUCCUUGGGAGGGGUAAGGAGUGUAGUGCCACCUAACUGAGCUGGUCAGGCUCCGGUGAUAAUGGCAGAGCGAGGUGCUUUUAAAACUCAAAUUGCCUGCUGAACUGGAGCUCUGAGAACACAACUACGUGUACAGAGGUGGCUGUUUAUUAACCAGCAGGAACUGAAGGAAAAGGCAGACAACAGCGCGUAUCUGUCCACUCUCAGUGAUACGCAGGCGGUCACAUACUGCAAGUCAAAGGUAGGGAUAGAAAAAUGGUGGCAGGUGCUCGAGCUCUGGGUUUAGAGGUGUUUUGCUCUACCUUUAUUACCAAGACAGCUCUUCUGCUGUUGCGAACGUAUCUGUGGCUUGCUGGCAGAACAAAUGAGUGUUGGAUACGAGGGGGAAGUUGGAUUUUGCACAAUAUAAUUUCUUAAAGUUUUGGAAAUUCAGUCAAAGCUUGUAAGGAUUGAACCAGUGUGGAGAGAGGGGCGAGUUCAUUCGAAGUACUUUCACAAAACUUUCAGUGAGGUCUGGAAGCAGGUGCUACCGUUGGACCUACCACCUAGCUCCAAGUGUAUAUACUCAUUAAAGCGCAGGAACAAGCAUAUGAAGAUGUGUCUAGUUGUUACAACAGGUGUUAUAUAUUCAUUGCAACCACUCUUUUUUUCCAGUGGUCUAACUGUAGGCUGGAACACAGCAUCGCUCAUAUUAGGUUCUUGUUCUCGUACCUUGCAAUAGCUCCCCACAAAAAGCACCUGAAAUCAGGCUGCUCUCAGUACUCCCCCUCCCGCCCUUAUGGUUAAUACUUCUGUAUGCACUGUGACUACUACCUCACCCCGAUGCAUUUUUGGUUUUCUUUUUAAACCGGUUACCUAUUUUUUAAAAUAGGUUUUUAAAUGUUUGCUCAUUUUGGUCUAUGAGGGUUCACGGACUUUUUAGAUUAGAGCAACUGUCUGUCUGCUCAUAAGAGAUGGAUUUUGGGUGUUUAUUUUAAGCAAUUUUGUAAACUGUCUACAUCCCGGGGGAAACCAAGCUACUAUUAUUUUUCCCCUUGAACCUAUUGGAGAAGCCCAACUCCUUUUAAAUAAAGUCAGAAAGUUAAACUGAUUGUAAAACAGCUGCUGGAUUUCCUUCAAAAUACCGAGCGUUUCUGUGUGUAGAACAUCAUGGUAUGCCACCCAAACGGCAUUUGUAGGCAAAGGCAAUCAAGGAACAGGUAUCAGUACAGAUUUCAACCUGCUAUGUCGGUUUUAAACCUACACAAAAGUUGUAACUUUGUUAUUCACUAAUGUAUGCAAAUUGUUACAAUUUUUAAGCAUUCUGGAAAUGUAGCAGUUUCUUUCAGUAGGAAAUAAAAACAUAGCAAA